AUGAGAGUAUAAGUUCAUAUAUGGGAUACAGCUGGCCAAGAGAGAUUCAAAUCACUGACCACACAAGGUGCUCAGGGAGCGUUGCUAGUAUUUGAUGUAAUGAGUCCCUAGUCCUUUGAUGCUGUUUAGUAAUGGUUACGUGAGCUAACAGAUAAUACACAACCCAACUGUUAAAUCGCUCUUAUUUCAAAUAAAUGCGAUCUACUUGAAAAUCAAAAGCCUGUAAUAAAACAAGAAGAAGUAAAAAAGUUUGCAGAACAAAAUGGGCUAAUUUAUUUUGAGACUUCUAGUUAUUGGGAUAGACAAUAAAUUUAAGUGCAAGGGGAACGAGGAGGAAUUGGAUAUUUAGUUUAGUCAAUGGUUGAAAAUGUUGUAAGAGAGUUCAUGAACGAGGAUGAGUAUGACUAAAGUGACAAAACUGAUUCAUCAGCUAAAUAAUCAUAGAGAUAUUAGAAGCAAGAUUAAAAGUAGUAUAGAGGAGGUGACGAAAACGCUAAAGUUUUGAUUAAAGACAAAAAGAUGAUGGGUGGUCGUGACAAGACAGAGAUAAGAGUAUCUGGAAUAAGGCUAGACAAAGAAUCGAUGUUUGAAGUGGAUAAUAAAUAAGAGAGUAACUCUCAUUAGCAUAAGUUAAAAAAGAACUAGAACUAAAAUAGCAAUUAAUAAAAUGGUAGAUACACCGAUGCAGGAACACUUGCAAAGGUCAGUUAAUAAAAAAAUCUUGAUAGCUUGAAGUUAAAACUUCUUGGGAAGAAUAAGCCUUCUGGUUCUACUACAAAAAGCAGUUCAAGCUCUAAAAAUGAUAAAAAUCAGUCUAUAAAAUAAUCAGACAUCAAUGAAAAAGAAAAACUGAGGUAGAAAAUUGAAGAAAAAAAAAGCUAAUUAAGAAACGAAAAUAAAUCAAAGGAAUCAGAAGAGGAUAAGAUGAGAAAAUAUAGAGAGUAGCUAGAGUUAAAUGCAAGUUUUGCAUUGAUUUUGAAAAGCGAAUAACCAAAAACGAUCGUUCCAAAAUAUGAGGAAUAUGAUCCUCUAGGAAUUGAUACUAUUUCUUAGUAAGCUUUAUAUUUACUGAGAUCAUUUUAUAGUCCCAAAGAGUAGCCAAGUGAUUUAAUCUCUCAAAUUGAUUAAAAAAUAAGAAAGGAACUUAAUAUUAUAUCUGAUCCUAAUGAUAUGAGAAAGAGACUAGAAAGAGAACAUAGAUUAUAAGAAGAAUUAUAAAGGUAGAGGAAUUAAGAAAAAAAGAGGCAGGAAAAAUUGAAGUAAAAAUAAAAAAAUGGCAUCAAGCCUAAUAAUGGUACAAUAUUAAAUACAAAUAAAUAGAUUGAAGCUUAGAAAUUGAAGUCUAAGCUUUAAAACAAAGAGAAAAAAUAGAAAAUUGAAAAUACUCCUGAUUAGCAAAAGCAACAUUAAUUGAAAGAAAAAUUAGAAGAAUCUUAAAUUUAUUGUGCAAGAUGUAGGAAAUUUCAUGGAAUUAGUUUUCACAAAAAUCAAACUAAUGGCAAACCAUCUGAUAUUAAGAUGUCUCUUGAUGAGGAAACUAAAGGCUUGAGGCCAAGUGUAAAUAUCAUAAAUAGUAUUAAAGACAAAAAAUCAGCAAAUUAUGAUGAAAGGAAAGUCUAGUUUAAAUAAAAUUCUAGAGAUAUGCAAAGAGAAGAGAGAAGAGUGUACGAGCCUUCUGACAAGCAUAGAUAGCUUGAAAGGCCUUAAAAGUAAACUAUGAGGUAUGAUGAUUAUGGAGAAGAGUCAGAAGGCAAUCUAAGUUUUAUUGUUGAUGAUGAUGAAGAAUUAGAUCCACAUACUCAAAAAGAGUUAGAUCAAUUAAUUGGCAAGCGAAGAAAAAGAUAUGUUUACAGAGAAUAUGAUAGUGAAAGCGAUGAUAUGGCAAUGGAAGCUGGAUACGAUGAUAUUGAGUUUGAGGAAAAGAUUUCGUCGAGAAUAGCUCGACUGGAAGAUGAAGAGUAACUUAGGUUAAUAAAUGAGGAGAAAAAAAGGGAAAAAAUGCUUAGAAAAAAGAGGAGAAGAAUAGAAUGA